ACUCGUUCACUACGUUCUAGCCGUAUUUUAAUUCUAAAUCAUCAAAAAUAUUAACAUUUGCCAUACGAAUUAUUGACACGCACGAACUGACAAACUUACGGUACGGGUAUAAUUCAACCAAACCCUGAAUUAAGUAAGUAAGCAAAAAGUUUCGAUAUUACUCUCAAAAGAAAGAAGAACUGUCGAAACUUCAAAAAUGUCAAAUUAAUGUUAAAUUUUCGGUAGUAAAAUAUAAAUCAUGCAAAAAAACAUUUAAAAUUCCAAGUACGAAUAAUGGUUUUGUGUGUUUUAAGAGUGUUAUGUCGAGGUAUCAGGCAAGUCAACAAUGCGAAGGCAGACUGGGUUAAAGGCUUUAACCAUUCCGGGUGUCCCCGGUACAGCACUUGUCCUGCUGGAAUGAAAGUUACUAUUUGCGGGGCGGCCGGUUGCACUGGCCAGCCGCUUGCCCUACUUCUAAAACAAUGCCCACUACUGGACGAGAUAGCGCUGUACGACCAAUGCGCCACCUGUGGCUGUGGCAUGGAGCUGAGCCACGUCGACACUAAGUGCAAAGUGUCCUCUUAUUCUGGACGUCAUAUGCUGUGCGAUGCGUUGAUGGACUCCAAGAUUGUGGUGAUUGUGGUACGGAACCAGUGCGACUCCUUCGAGAACAACGCCCCCGCCGUCUCUGACAUCGCUAUUCAAAUUUGCAACGCAUGUCCAACAGCAUUCACAAUAGUAGCAACAGAGCCGGUAGAGAGUAUGGUCCCGAUCGUGGCGGAGAUCCAGCGGCUGCGGGGGUGUUACGACCCGCGCAAGCUUCUCGGCUGUGUUGAGCUGAACUGCGUGCGCGCUAAUACGGUGAUGGCGGAUUUUCUGCGUGUGCCACCCGAGACGGUGCGCGUCCCCGUUAUUGGAGGAGCCACCCCACAGACGAUGGUGCCGAUUCUCUCGUCUGCCGUGCAUCCUUGCUUGCUCACUGAAGAACAGGUUGAAUGUUUAACCGCCUGCAUAAUGAGCGGAGGCGAAGCCGUCUGCGCUGCCAAAGGCUGCUGCAAGGAGUCCGCCUGCCUCGCCGGGGCCUACGCCGUCGCGCGCACCACCAUCAACGUGGCGCGCGGGCUGCAGGGGCAGGGAGGGGUGGUGCAGUGCGCUUACGUCGAUAGUCUGAAUACUUGUGCGCCGUGCUGUCAGUUUUUUGCUAGUGAAGUGCUGUUGGCAGCGUCAGGCGUGACGAAAAACUUUGGUGUUCCGGAGCUGUCCAAAUUCGAACACUGUCUCCUGCUACACUGCCUCCCCUAUAUUCGUAAUGAAAUAGCACGCGCCAUUUGGCUGGUGUAUUCGAUUUGUAAUUCCUGCUGCACGCCGGAGUGCUGCGUGCAUCCGUGCACGUGCUACCAGCCGCCGUACCGGCCCUGCGUACCACCUGUGAAUUGGACUUGUGACUGUCCGGACGCUUGCCGUGAUGAUUAUCUAGCGUCUAUUUGCCGCAAAAUGACCUGCAUCGACGGGCCCUACGACCUGUGCUGGCGGCCUCGUCCGCAAGACUACGACCAGGCGCGGGCGCUCAGCUUCAAGCAUCUCGCGUCACUGAAGAGCUGCGCUUGCAGUACUUGCAAGGUCCCUCGGAGCGUGCGCUAUGUACAGGAUUACUUAGAGAGGCACAGGGACCCGUGUUGUGGACGAAACGUGUAGACUUGUCUCAAUGAAGCUUCUGCUGUACAUAUAAGCAAAAAGUUAUUGAUUAUAAUAGAGAGAUAGUCUAAGAAAAAAACGUGACCCCUAGUUUGACAGUAAAAAGAGAUAGAUGGAGCUGCACGCUGAUCCAUAUAUUUUGUAGUCACUGAAUUGUCAAAAGUCAACUUUUGACAACCAAAGUUACCGCAUAAUGCAUAGAUGGUAGGAUCCUAUGGAUCGCUAUACGCGUGCGCCCGUGAGGGACAGAACAUACGCAAUGCGACAAAAUUAAAAACACUGUAACACACCGAAACAACUUAAGUAAUUUGGUCGGGUUAUUUGUUACCCAGCAUAAAAUAGGCUAGGGGAAACUGGGGAGGGUUGAUCACCCAUUUUGAUUUUAGACUAAAUUUUUUAAACUAUUAGCAGUAUUGAAAAGCUUUAUAGACCAUACGAUUCAGAAUUUAUCUAUUUAUGAAUACUUUGAAUUAGAACAGAAUUGUGCAACAAUUUAGACCAUUAUUUAAAGAAAUGCCAUAAUGUAGACUUUUACCAUGUGUCCCCUGUAUAAGGGAGACAUGUUUACCCCUGGUUGGGAGCCUUGAUCCUGGGGGAUCAAGUCUCCCAGGUUCUGGGGACACAUGGUAAACAGAUUUUUACCGUGUCUCCCCAUACCAGAUUCUCACAGAUUAUAUAACCCAAAUCGGAACUAGCAAUGCAUCUAGAAUUAGGUAAACACACAACGAACAUAUAUAUACUGUAUCUUCCAUACUUAGUAGUUAUAUUUCCGCCAAUAAGAUGUCUUGAUGCGAAAGGGAUCAAGUCUCCUAUGCUUGGGGACACAUGGUAAAUAGAUUUUAAGUGACAAUGCCAUACUUUGAGGGUUGAUUUCACGUUAAUUUAUUGAGUUGAUCAACAGGAAUUUAAUCUAUUAAGAAAUCAAACACAUAAUGAUCCGUAUCUUUCAAUUUUUAAGAAGAAACUAGUUAUAUUUUCGAAAAAAGAACACCAAACUGGUAAUCAAUUUUACAGUACAUAUGGUGCUACUUUUCCCCCAUAGUGCGUAAAUUAGCACAUUAUGUAACUAUGUCGAAAAUUUAAAGGGUCAUAUGUACUGUAAAACGUUGUAGGAUACAUGUGCGAAUAGGUAAUUCGUAACUCGUGUAAAAUUUCCUAUUUUUCGCACUUGUAUCGUAAAUAACUAUUGCGCCAUCAAAAAAUCAAAAAGAAGUAGCAAACAUAAAAUUUCUUCUAACAAGUACACUUGUCUGUAUAAUAAUAAUUAAAAAAAGUUUAAUUGUUUAUAAACAAACUUCCAAACAAUCAUAAUGAUUACUGUAAAUUGCUCUUAUUUAUCAUUACCACAUUUGGAGACUCAAGUAACAAGCUAACUAUAAUCUCAAAAGUUUUAACAGUCUAGAAAUGCCUAAUUUGCGAAAUUAAACAUCUAAGUAAUAAUCAACAACAAUAGCUAAUACUUAGCUAUAUUAUAUUAAUCAGUCUUCAUCAAAAAUAAGUUACUAUUUGGCCUUAAACACUUCAAUGGUAAUACCAGCUAAUACUUCUGAUACAGCAUUUUUUAAUCUUUCCUUAUCUAUCAGUAUUCUUUGUUUUUAACCUUCUCUGGUCGUGUAUUUUCGACGCAUGAAUCGAAGCAUCCUAAAACAAUAAAAAAUUACAGCAUUAUGAAACGUUUUGUUCAUUACUAAGUAGACUUGAGCCCUUUAGGGGUGACAUGAUCCCGGGAUCAUGUCUCCCCCAAAGAAAAAGUCGAAGUCUCCCCAUACAUACUCAGAUUAUAAAACAUGGCGUGAUCGAAACUUACGUUCGCGUAUUUCAAUGAAAUCAAAGUUAAUUAACACUUCAAUAAACAACAAAUAGAAUUAUCAUACUCACUAACAGCAUUUCUAUCACAUUUUACUUAAUAAAUCCAGUUAAAACUUACCGAAAAUUAAAUACAGCACGCAGCAAAUUUUUCAUAAUCCGCCACUUGCAAACCACUGACUUGUUCCAAACGGCGCCAUGACAGAACGUGAAGUUAGGAACGAAUUAAUGAGUGUUGCUAGCGUAAAAAACUGUAUGACGUCUGGUUAAACUUGAAAUGAAGAUUACCAAGUGUCCCCUAGGGAUCGACCCUCCCCACCUUCCCCUAUAUUUACGGUGGGGAAUAAAAAAAUGUGAGGUUGUGACAAGGACAAACAAUAAUAGCGGUUUCUCGGCUACUCCUACUGGAAGUUCCAUAAGUGCAUUUCAUCGUUCGGUCAUCUGGGCUAUAACCGCGAAAAUUGAAGUUCGUCAAUUGUGGGUAUUUUUCUCUGGCACUCUAAUUACGUCUUAGUGAGUGUAAAAGAGAAAGAUCCCCGCAAUUUGCGAAUUUCCGUUUUCGCGGUAGGCCCCCUGGCCCAUUUCAUCUUUACAUUAUUGUAUCUCUUUGGCAUAAUCCAUGGAGCCAUACAGCGACAAAUAUAAUUAUAGCUGUCAAAUUUGAAGAACGAAAUUGUUGUAGACAUUCCACAACUUAAUAGGGACCGUGCGCGUUGGAGGGUCUGCCAUCUUGUGGUCUGAAUCCGAACCAUAAACAGGCACAUUUACACGUCAAGUGUUUUCUUGUGCAUAGUAGGUUGUGCCAUCUUGUGGGCUACAUCGGAACAAUAAACAUCACAUUUACGCCUCGCGCCAAAAAUCUGACGGCUCCUGUGCUGCCUCCUAUAGUUCUAGCACGCUCCCUAUAGCAUUUUGAAUCUGACGAAAUAACGGUAAUGUUUCUAUGAAAUUCCAUUUCGGGAGGAAAUGGUUUCCACUAACUAAAUCUUAACAUAUCACUUUGAUUUUGAUGUCGAUCGCUUCAGCAUAAUAUGUUUUAGGUUUAUAGGUUUCGCUUUUUGGGAUUUAUUUGUUUUGCAAAUUGUGAUAAAAAGGAAAACCUAUAAACCUAGUUUUUCAUUGUGUCAAUAACAUUCUAAAAAAUCAUGGAGAAUGUAAAAUAUUUAGAAGUGGAAAACAGUUUUCUCUUUUUGUAUGGACGGUCACUGGGUAUAUGGACCGUGCGCGUUGGAGGGUCUGCCAUCUUGUGCCCUGAAUCGGAACCAUAAACAUGUACAUGUACACGUCACGUGUUUUGUUGUGCAUAGUAAGUGCUGCCAUCUUGUGGGCUACAUCGGAACAAUAAACAUCACAUUUAUGCCUCGCACCAAAAUUCUGACGGCUUCUGUGCUGCCUCCUACAGUUCAUGCACGCUCCCUAUACUUCUCUCUUAAGGGGUCCACUGAUUACCAGUUCGUCCGGCGCUUCUUUAUACAGUUAAUCAAUCUUGGAUACCUACAAGCAGGCAACCGAUCCGACACAACAAUUAAAAGGGUUCGAUCUCCCCCCCCGCCAACUUUGGUGUCGCCUGGCGCAGUACAGCGCUAUCCGUUUCGAAUAUGAAACAAGGGAAGCACGUUUUUUUCUUCGACUUUACCUUCUUUAUAAUAAUCAAUUAA